AUGGCAGGAGGAGAAGUGAAGGAAGUGAGGAACCAGCAAGUGCUUGCUAGAGAUUACAUAAGUGCGAUUCCGGAGGAGUCAGACAUGUACUUGAACACAAACAGCACCAUAAAACUGAGAGUGCCAGAUGACGAUGAUUGCCAAGAGGCCAUGCUGCUCAAGAACCUCUACUUGUCCUGCGAUCCCUACAUGCGAGGCGUUAAGCACAGUGAUGAUGCAGCCUCCUCCACUCUCGAAGAUCGCAUUGUUUUCUUUGCCACUGACAAACCAAUAGUUGGAUAUGGAGUGUCUAAAGUCGUAGAUUCUAAGCAUCCAGAGUUCAAGGCAGGCGAUUUAGUUUGGGGCAUAACAAAAUGGGAGGAGUAUACUCUCAUAAAAAACACCCAAAGUUUCUUCAAAAUAAACCACACUGAUGUUCCCCUUUCCUACUACACUGGAAUUCUAGGUAUGCCUGGUAUGACUGCUUAUGCUGGUUUCUAUGAGGUUUGUAAUCCUAAGAAGGGAGAAUAUGUGUACGUCUCAUCCGCAUUUGGGGCUGUUGGUCAGCUGGUUGGCCAAUUUGCCAAACUCAUGGGUUGCUAUGUUGUUGGAAGUGCUGGGAGUCAAGAAAAGGUUGAUAUAUUGAAAAACAAGUUUGGGUUUGAUGAGGCUUUCAAUUAUAAGGAAGAGGCAGACCUGACCGCUGCUUUGAAACGGUAUUUCCCACAAGGCAUCGACAUUUACUUUGAGAACGUUGGGGGCAAAAUGCUUGAUGCAGUGCUCCUCAAUAUGAGGCUUCACGGCCGCAUAGCUGUGUGUGGGAUGAUCUCGCAGUACAAUUUUGAGCAGCACCAAGGAGUCACCAACUUAAUGCAUCUCGUUUAUAAGCGUGUUCGCAUGGAAGGAUUCUUUGUGCCUGAUUUCUAUCACCUCUAUCCCAAGUUCUUGGAUCUUGUGGUGCCCUUCAUCAAACAAGGCAACAUCACUUAUGUGGAAGACAUUGUUGAAGGCCUUGAGAAUGGUCCUGCUUCGCUCGUCCGCCUUUUCUCUGGCCGCAAUGCUGGAAAAGCAGUCGUUGUUGUUGCUCGUGAAUAA